GCAAAAUCCCAACAAUAUGUAUUAUCCAAGUCAUGCUACGAUGGCAGUGCUGGCUGUGUAAGGAGCUGUGAAUGCCUAUCCUUUUAACGAAGCACAUUGAUAGGAUUUCUGCAUGUGAACGAUGCUCCCCACCGAACUGUGUAACCUCGUCAUCGACCAUCUCCACGACUCCAAACCAUCCCUCUUAGCAUGCUCCCUCGUCUGCCGCGCAUGGAUCCCUGAAAGUCGUUUUCACCUCUUUCACGAGGUGAAACUCUAUCGUGACACAGCAGAUUCAUUCUUCCAGCUUUUUGAGAGCCAACAUGCUACCCUUGGUUCAGGUUAUAUACGUGAGCUUGAUGUUGCGCAGAAUACCGUUACCAGACAUGGCAGUCUCGAAGGCGAUCUGCUUGAUGGCCGGGCGUUCCAGGGCGUCUUGACUCGAUGCCCUACAGAUGUCUUUACGCAUGUGCAGAAGUUGUCGGUGACCUGGGUUGGCUGGUGGACACUCACCAACGCGGAGAAAUUGAGUAUUGGACAUAGAUUCAAGAGUGUGACUGAGCUCCGGUUGUGGAUGGUUCUUUUCGAGACGGAUGAAGAGCUUCUUGCUCUUAUCGCUUCCUUCCCGGCGCUGGAAGUGCUGUUCUUGCAGACUAUACGAUUCCGGGUUAAGGAUUUGGAGGAAGAUGGCCCGCACCCCAAGCACACUCUGCCGCCCAAUUUACAUACCAUCUCACUCAAUGACGUGUCCAAUCCUUGUGUUAUACGUUCCCUGAUACCAUGUCCAACUCUCCGAGUUUUCAAGUGUCAUUACGUGAACUUUGAUGACUUCCAGCCAGCAUUAGCUGAAGAAUUUGGACGGCUACUGUUAUCCGCUGGUGAGCAUUUCGAGGAUUUCGGGUUCACUAUCCAGGCCGGAGGGUUGCUUAACAACGGGGUUGAUCUUAAUGCCUGCUUCAAACUCAUCGACUUCACCCGAAUUCCCAAUCUUCGGCGGAUCGAAUUCUGGAUUGACGACGACCAAUACCUCAUUCCUUUCCUCAGACGCCUCACCGAAUCAGACUGUUCGACUCCCACACUAGAGACGCUGGAUGUCUCUUAUCUCUCCGCGUAUAAUCUAGAUUGGGAGAACCUCGAUGACAUCCUCCAAUAUCCCUACUUCCAUGCGCUCAAGGAGAUUAAAACCUACGUCAAGACGUAUUUUGACCUCCAAGAUGUUGUUGGGCAAGAGCCUGGAUGGUACUCGAAGCCCAACGACGGAUCCCAAGCUUAUAUUAAGAUGGGGCACAGGAUCACAAGCUUCGUGGAAAAGUUACCAAAGUGCCAGGCGAGGGGAAUAUUACGCCCAGCCAAGGAGUUUCGGUUUUUUGAUAGCUCGACAUGGUUCGGAUAAGUAGAAAGGCAGACGAGGAGAGAGCGGGUUUGUGGUAGGAUUGUCUGUGCACUUCGUUUGGAUGACAGUCGAGCUAUCAGACCACCAAAAAAAAAGAAUUCAGAGCCGCACACGAAUAGGGUGUUUGUGUAGGUGUUGAUUAUUCUUCCCGUAGUCCUAGAAAUCAGACCGAAGUGCAACGACAGCUGCUCAAUCGCUUGCUUCAUAUUCGUUUCCAGGCAAAUUCUUCUCAUGUUCCUGACGUUUCAAAGAGGAUUGCUUGCAUGAUACACUAUUACAAACUGUUCCUACAUCUUCAUCAUCCUAAUAAUGUUUCGAUACAUGGGUACGAGAUCUAGUAGUAUCCAAGGGAUUUUCAACACACACCGUGAU